UACUUGUGUUUUUCAAUAUCAAGAACAGAGAAUAUGGAUGAAUGGCGAGCAAAGUACAACUAGUUAUACUUCCCAAUGACCAGCCAAACCGAUAGAUUGGGGGACAAGGUGUGUCCAUCUUGUUGUUUGGUAGAUUCGUUUAGCUUCUGAUUGGCACGUGAGAGGGGACCAUUUUUGGGGUUUAAGUGCUGUUUAGUUGAAGCAUGAGUGAGUUUCGAACCCAAUUAGUCUGGCUUUUGGUUCUGUGUCUUUUUUUCUCUCGUGAUUUCCCCGCCUUUUUUUAGAUGAAAAAGAUAGAUUCUUUCCUUGUAAAAGAGCUCCAAGCCAUAAGGGUGGGGAAGAUGAUGCACAUGGUGUGUUGCUGGCUUUUUUAUGAGAGAGAGAGAUGGGGAGAUAUGGACGUGCAGUUUUAAUCAUGGAGGAGGUUCUGGCAUUCCAUGUGCAUCAAUCGCCUCGGCCCACUUCAUAUUAUUCCACACUCACCCAUCUUCCCUCCAAAACUCUCUCUCUCUCUCUCUCUCUCUCUCUCUCUCUCUCUUGCUUAUAUGUAUCUAUUGUAGAUUCCUUUUUUCUACAUUAAAAGAGGACUUGAGUCUUGGAAGCAGUUGGAAAAGCUGAGAUGAGCAGUAGUCCAGCACCUUGCACUAGAUCCUGGUCUAUUAGUGAGGACUCGCUGAGGAGGUACGUGUUCUUUGCAAGUGAGAGCUGCAUUCAGGAGCUAUUGUCUGCUUCGGACUCGAAUAGGGUCGGGAAUUGCAGCGAUGGGUGGAAGGUUCUCACUCUUGAAAAUGGAGUGGAGAUAUCGAAGCGCCGGUCUAGAUCACUUCACACCUUCCGUAGCCGAUGGGUUUUAAGAUCAGUGUCUCCUGAACAAUUUAUUACUGUCGCCAACGCUAUUGAUGCUGCAAAGCAAUGGGACCCAGAUUUGGUGGAAGCUACGUACAUAAAAGAUCUGCAAGACAACCUUAGCAUCAUCCGGCUAAGGUUCGGGGAGAAUUCCAAGCCUCUCUUUCAUAACAGAGAAUUCAUUGUCUACGAGCGACGUGAAACCAUGGACGAUGGAACUUUGGUGGUAGCAGUUGCUUCACUGCCUAAAGAAAUAGCAGCUGGAUUACACCCAAAGCAAAAUAAUGCAAUAAGAGGACUGUUGCUUCAGUCAGGAUGGGUUGUUGAAAAGCUUGAAGAUGACUCCUGCAUGGUGACCUAUGUUGUUCAGUUGGAUCCUGCAGGGUGGCUGCCAAAGUUCUUUGUGAAUCGUCUCAACACAAAACUAGUUAUGAUCAUUGAAAACCUUAGGAAAUUAGUGCAAGCCCCUAGUAAUGGUGAGGUAUGAAAAAGUAAGGCCCUGUCUCGAACGGUCCGACAAUUUUCUCACAAUGUUCCUAUGGUAACCACGCUUGUGAGAUAGUUUCAGUAACUGACGGGACAAUUACGGAAAAGGAUCCGCUUCCUGUAAGUAAAGAAAAUCAUCCAAUGGGUAAGUUAUCCAUCAUCGUGAUAA